AUGAGGACUGCAUCCGGGGUCCCUUGGGCAGAUGUCAAUGAAGGCAUUCCUGUUCCCUUGUCAGAUGUCAAUGACGGCAUCCCUGUUCCCUUGUCAGAUGUCAAUGACGGCAUCCCUGUUCCCUUGUCAGAUGUCAAUGACGGCAUCCCUUGUUCCUUUAUGUCAAUGAUGGCAUCCCUGUUCCCUUGUCAGAUGUCAAUGACGGCAUCCCUGUUCCUUCUGUCAGAUGUCAAUGACGGCAUCCCUGUCCCGGUGUCAGAUGUCAAUGACGGCAUCCCUGUUCCUCUGUCAGAUGUCAAUGAUGGCAUCCCUGUUCCCUUGUCAGAUGUCAAUGACGGCAUCCCUGUUCCUUUGUCAGAUGUCAAUGAUGGCAUCCCUGUUCCUUUGUCAGAUGUCAAUGACGGCAUCCCUGUUCCUUUGUCAGAUGUCAAUGAUGGCAUCCCUGUUCCCUUGUCAGAUGUCAAUGACGGCAUCCCUGUUCCUCUGUCAGAUGUCAAUGAUGGCAUCCCUGUUCCCUUGUCAGAUGUCAAUGACGGCAUCCCUGUUCCUCUGUCAGAUGUCAAUGAUGGCAUCCCUGUUCCCUUGGCAGAUGUCAAUGAAGGCAUCCUGUUCCCUUGUCAAGAUGUCAAUGAUGGCAUCCUGUUCCCUUGUCAGAUGUCAAUGGACGGCAUCCCUGUUCCUCUGUCAGAUGUCAAUGACGGCAUCCCUGUUCCUCUGUCAGAUGUCAAUGACGGCAUCCCUGUUCCUCUGUCAGAUGUCAAUGACGGCAUCCCUGUUCCCUUGGCAGAUGUCAAUGACGGCAUCCCUGUUCCUCUGUCAGAUGUCAAUGACGGCAUCCCUGUUCCCUUGGCAGAUGUCAAUGAAGGCAUUCCUGUUCCCUUGUCAGAUGUCAAUGAUGGCAUCCCUGUUCCUCUGUCAGAUGUCAAUGAUGGCAUCCCUGUUCCUCUGUCAGAUGUCAAUGAUGGCAUCCCUGUUCCUUUGUCAGAUGUCAAUGACGACAUCCCUGUUCCUUCUUCUCCUCCUCCUCUUCCCCCGUCUCCUUCCCCUCCUCCUCAUUCACCUCCACCUCCUCUCCUUCUGCCUAUGCUUGUGCUUUCUCUUUCUCGGGUGUUUGGGCCCAAGAAGCACUUGGUCAAUAUUGACUUGUGUACCUGA